AUGUAUUUGGGAGUAGAGGGCAAUGCAUCAAAAUCCAUUACUCAGUACGGCUAUGCUCAUCGUCAACCCGCACUGACCAGCACGGUCAGGGGUCUGCAACCUGCGGCUCCGGAGCGGAAUUUGGUUCUUUAUGGACUACUUUGUGACCUGUGCAUACCGAUUGUGGUGGUACUUGCUAUCACUACAGUAGUACUGUACAUGCUGACUAUAGCAGUAUUUAUCGACUCUAUAGCACAAGGUGCAGCAUCUCAAAUGGCUGAACAAGACAGCAAAGUUGUAGCAGUAGCAGAGGAUGAGAUGGAAGAAGUGGAUGAUGAAGAAACAGAAACAGAGGCGUGUGCAGGAGAUCAAGACAAGAAAGUGAAACAACUGACAGUUCAGAUGAUGAAGAAUCCGCAGGUUUUGGCUGCACUGCAAGAGAGACUGGAUGGGCUGUCAGGCACUCCAUCUGGCUACAUCGAGAGUUUACCAAAGGUUGUGAAGAGGAGAGUGACAGCCCUGAAGAACUUGCAGGUGAAGUGUGCACUCAUCGAGGCAAAGUUUUACGAGGAGGUCCAUGAUCUUGAGAGGAAGUACGCAGCCCUGUACCAGCCGCUCUUUGACAGGAGGAGAGACAUUGUAGCUGCCUUGGUGGAACCCGAUGAUGCGGAAUGUGAGUGGCCGAAUGACAAGGAAGAAGACCUUGUGGAUGAAGUGAAGGAGAAAGCGAAGCUUGAGGAAGAGAAAAAGGAAAAAGAGGAAGAUCCCAAGGGCAUUCCAGAAUUCUGGCUGACUGUGUUUAAAAAUGUGGACAUGCUCGGUGACCUUGUGCAGGAAUAUGAUGAGCCGAUUCUUAGGCAUUUAAAGGAUGUACGUGUGCAGUUUUCCGAAGCAGGACAGCCAAUGAGCUUCUUGUUGGAGUUUCAUUUUGAGGAGAAUGAGUACUUCACCAAUACAGUUCUGACCAAGUUGUACAAAAUGAAAGCGGAGGCCGAUUUGGACGAUCCUUCCUUCGAAGGACCAGAAAUCACGACGUGCACGGG